AUGACCACCUCAGGGGCCGCUCCAACCACCACUGGGACCUUCCCAACCACCUCAGGGACCACCCCGACCCCAGCGACCACCACGCCCAUCUCAGAGACCUCCACAGCCACCCCAGGGACCACCCCAAACACGUCAGUGACCUCCACGACCUCAGGGACCACCACGACCAUUCCAGAGACAUCUACGACCACCUCAGUGACCUCCACAACCACAUCAGCGACCACCCCGACCUCCUCUGGGGUCACCACAACCUCAGAGACCACCACGAGCGCCCCAGGGACCUCCACGACCACCACACAGGCCACUGCAACCACCACUGGGACCUUCCCAACCACCUCAGGGACCACCUCAGCCACAUCAGGAAUGACCACAACCACCUCAGCGACACCAACGACCACCUCAGGGGCCACCCUGACCACCACAGUAACCUCCACAACGACCUCAGAGACCUCCACAGCCACCUCAGAAGCCACUCUAACCACCUCAGGGGUCACCCAAACCUCCUCAGAGACCACCACGACCUCAAGGACCACCACGACCAUACCAGGGACAUCCACGACCACCUCAGGGACCUCCACAACCACAUCAGAGACCACCCCAACCUCCUCAGAGACCACCACGACUGUCCUGGGGACCACCACGAGCACCCCAGACACCUCCACGCUCACCACAGGGAUCUCCACAACCUCAGGGACCACCACUCCCAUCCCAGAGACCUCCCCGACCACCUCAGUGACCACCCCAACCUCCUCUGGGACCACCACAAGCAUCCCAGACACCUCCACGACCACCUCAGGGACCUCCACGACCACCACAGGGACCUCAACAACCUCAGGGACCACCACGACCACCUCAGGGACCUCCACAGCCACCUCAGAAGCCACUCUAACCACCUCAGGGGUCACCCCAACCUCCUCAGUGACCUCCAUGACCACAGGGACUUCCACGCCCACCACAGGGACCACCCCGACCUCCUCAGUGUCCAUCACAACCUCAGGGACCAUCCAGACAACCCCAGGAAUCUCCACGACCACCCCAGGGGCCACUCCAACCACCACUGGGACCUUCCCAACCACCCCAGGGACCACCACGAGCACCCCAGGGACCUCCACAGCCACCUCAGCGCCCACCCCAACCACGUCAGAGACCUCCACGCCCAUCCCAGAGACCUCCCCGACCACCUCAGGGACCACACCAACCUCCUCUGGGACCACCACAAACACCCCAGGGACCACCCCAACCACCUCAGCGACCACCACGACCAUCCCAGUGACCCCGACCUCCUCAGCGACCUCCACGACCACAUCAGAGACCACACCGACCUCCUCAGGGACCACCACGACCUCAGGGACCACCACGACCAUCCCAGAGACCACCACGACCACCUCAGCAACCUCCACAACCACAUCAGAGACCACACCGACCUCCUCAGGGACCACCACGAGUUCCCCAGACACCUCCACGCCCACCUCAGUGACCUCCACGACCUCAGGGACCACCACAAACACCUCAGGGACCACCCCGACCUCCUCAGGGACCACCUCAGCCACAUCAGGAACCACCACGACCAACACAGAGACCUCCACGACCACCCCAGGGGUCAAUCCAACCACCACUGGGACCUUCCCAACAACCUCAGAGACCACCACGACCAUAUCAGAGACCACCCCGACCUCCUCAGACACCACCACCACCCUCCCAGGGACCACCACGAGUUCUCCAGACACCUCCACGCCUACUACAGGGACCACCCUGACCUCCUCAGGGUCCACCACAACCUCAGUGACCACCAUGACCACCCCAGAGACCUCAACAACCUCAGUGACCAUCACGACCACAUCAGAGACCACCCUGACCGCCUCUGGGACCACCACGACGACCCCAGGGACCACACCAACCUCCUCAGACACCACCACCACCUUCCCAGGGACCACCACGAGCAUCGCAGACACCUCCACGACCACCUCAGGGACCACCCCGACCUCAGGGACCACCCUGACAACCCCAGGAACCUCCACGACCAACACAGAGACCUCCACAACCACCCCACAGGCCACUCCGACCACCACUGGGACCUUCCCAACCUCAGGGACCACCACGACCACCUCAGUGUCCACCACCACCUCAGGGACCACUACAAACACCCCAGAGAUCACCCCGACCUCCUCAGGACCACCCUGA